CCAUACAAAUCAACAGAAGAAGAAGUCUUACGUCGAUGCAGAGGUAGCUACGAGGAGACAUGGCAGACACAAGUCUGGGUGUUUCUUGUGCAGUGAAUACAAUCCUACAAAGUGCAGCAGCAGGUUUUGCUUUUGGAGAAGCUGCAUUAUUUGCAGUUGAGCCCUCACUGACUGCAGACGACGACCUGCUGACUGCUGCAACUCAGAAUGCCGGACGAGUGGGUUCCACGGGUGUCGGGGCAGUGACGGCAUGCCUCGCUUUCACCUCAGCGCUAGUUUCUCUCGGCAGUGGUUUCCUCCUCGCCGCCGUGAUGGCAAAACUGUUGACCCGAGUUGGAUUGAAGUCUCCAUGGUUAGUCGAGACCACGACAGGAGCCUGUGUUGUAGCGGGUGCUGUCACUACUGGAGUGUCAGCCGGCCUCCUCCCACUAUACAUCUACAUCUCAGCUCAAGGCUUUCUGGUCCUUUUAAUCUACUCAUACUCCAAUAUUAACGACAUGAUCACAGCUCUGACAGUCAUCUUCACCACCCUCUACGUCUGUGUAGUUUAUGGAAGAAUGGGUGUAAUGGUUGGACUCUUCGUCAUGGGGUUGACCAUAUCUGUGCUUUGCGCCCUUCGAAAGGCUCUGACAGAGAGGAUGACACUGAGAUCAAACUCUAAAACCGAGUGCCAACUUUUGCAGAGGUUAAACUUCUACUCUGUUUUUGUGGCGAUUCUGGGAUUUUUUGCAGGCUUGGGGGCAGGUGAAGCAGGAGAGGGGUCGAAAGCGGAGGUGGUCUUGGUGCUGCAGUCGGUCGUCUGGGUGGUGUUUCUGUCUGCGGGGCUGCUAGGAGCCAGCCUGGGAACAGUGGCCACGGUGGGGCUGGAGCCAGGGGGGGUCGGAAAGGUCGCCUUGGGAGCUGCUAUAAUGUCAUCACUUUCCCUGAGAGCCAUUCUGCAAUCAAGCUCUUUUUUAGGGACCCGGAGCAGCAUGGGGGCAACGUUAGGAGCAGUCACAGCUGCAGGGGUGUCAAUAGGAGCCGCAAGUGUUGCAGCAAAGAAGGCGUUUGAGACUAGAAAGUCAACUUUAACAGCUGUAGGUUCGGUAGUUGUUGGUGCAGUUCUGGCAAUGCGCGGUGUAGCACUGACAGGGACUCUCCCAACAACAUCAGAACUUCUAACAAUCACCCUUAUUGCUGCAUGGUCAUUUUUCCUGGGUGCACCAAAGAGCCCGUUCAACACUCUGGUGAAUCUCCGAAUGGGCCUCCUCACGGGGCCACAGCUAAUGAAAGGGAUCGGCAUGGAGACGGUCACCGCAGCAGCAGCACCCUUCGGAGCCGGGGCGCUCGGGGCUGCAGCGUUGGCUACCGCAUCUCUGGGGAAAAUGGGGACUGUGGGAAUUCUGGUGGCUGUAUUUUUGGCUGUGGGAAGUGUUCUUAGUGGCGUGAUAGGAAGCUCUCUGCCGACAAUAGACGAACACAGUGACUGAUUGAGACCUGGGUUUGAAUCUCUGUCUGAACCCAAGGCCACGCUCUAAAGAUUUGCAUGUGUGUGUGAGAGAUGUGUUUGCAUUAUUGCAGGUUUACACUGACAUACAAUACAUAUUUUAAAUGUGAGCUCAUUUGCAUUAGAUUUUUUUUACAUAAAAAUCACCUUUGCUUAUUGUUCAAACCUGUCGAUUGUGCCAUGAACGUAUUAUGGAGGCGAGCAGUGAUGAAUAAAGUGGAUGAUAUAUGUUAUCCAAGCAUGUGUAUUUAUUUGCCAUUUGUCGAUAUCGUUGUACUAAUUACGGUAAAACACUGGAGGAUAAGAUAAAGGGUCACAUGUUUGACAAAGUAGCUGUAAUGAUCCCUUUUCUGCACUUCUUCACACCAGCAGUGCCACAUUUCCCAAGACAUGAUGGCAAGGUGGCUUUGGU